AUGUCUUCCUCGGGGCUUGCAGACGUGGAGAAGAAAAUAAACGAGGUGCGCGACCGCUUGGUGAACCUCAGCCUCAGCUUCCAGCGCGAUGAGCACACCGCCCAUCCAUCACCAGCAGCGGUUCACGCCAGCAGAAGCGCGGAGCAGCGGCCAGCUGUGCUGGCGGAGCGCAGCGUCAACGAGGGCUGUGCGACGAAGGGAGGACUCAGCCGUAUUGUGGAAUUGGCUAAGCGGGAGGCAAUGCAGCGACAGAGCGGCGGCGAGACCCUGCAGCUGGGCAUUCGAAAGGAGAGCCAGACAGCGUCACCGGUGCCAUCAGAGAAGUCCCUCACGGGCCUGCAGGCGCACACGUACUACGACACUACGCCCGCGGCUGCACCGGCUCCGCGCGCCGGAGCUGCGACGUCAGCGGCGCUGUUUCAGCGUGUCGCUAAACCGACACGUGCAGCGGCGUUCUACGAUUCCUCUCCUACACACAUAAAUCUGUCACACGAUUGCGAGCGCUUCCCGAACACAGAUGCACCUCCAACAUCAACCUCAACGCCAGUGCUUGGCCCAGAGACGGUCCGCGGCUUUGAUCCUUUUCAGGCAGUCCAGGCCCGCUUGCGUGAGAAGCUGCGGAAGCCGACGCUCUACCGCAGCCCUCCUUCCAGUCCAGACAACAGCGCAAAGUCCCCGUCUCCAAAGCUACAAGAAGUGUGGCAGACGGGACCUGCGAUUCUACAGGCAGGCAGAGAACGGGAUGCAUCCACCGAUACGUCCCCCAACGCAAAGGGCACGACAAUGAAUGAGAGUAUUCAGCAGCGUGCUGUGGAAGCACGCAGCCCCAGCGUGCGUGCGGUGGGGGAUGCUAUUCGUCACGUGAAGGAGCAGUUCGCAUCAGUGUGCACACCGGUGCGAGCAAGCACCCCGCGGUCUUCCGCCGCCACCGAGGCGCAAUGCCCAGUGCGCCGCACCGCCCAGUCUUCACGUGCGGAUCCGCGCCCGCGACGCCCGUCCGAGACGCGUAGAGAAAGUGUUUCGAGGUGCUCGGCGCAGCAAAGGACGGCGCCGACACCGCGGCGGCCAAGCACUGCCACGGCACGACGCUCCACUUCGUCUCGUGCAGCAUCGCCGGCACUCCCGGUCAGGACAGACCCGCAUAGAACAGUGCUAGAUGUAUUAACGGGUGCGGAGUUCUUUGCACUCAUGCGUCUUCGUGGUGUUUUGGUGUCUCGUGGUGAGACAGGGGAGUGCACACUUCCUGACACGCGGUGCCACUCCGUGUAUCUCUCUCCAGAAGAGCACAGGCAACUCGUUGAGUUACGCGCCAAUUUACAACUGCGCACCGCAUCCAUGAAGACAUCCGCCGCCACAAGGCCGGCUGGCAAGACUUUGAAUUCUCGACGAUCUUCUCCGCCAACCCGUGGUGCAUCGAGGCGGUAG